AUGGUGACGUCGGAGAAUAAGCGCAAUGGCUAUUUGGAUUUACAACACCUCAUAAGCUACAUUGCGAUUGACGGAAUUGGAGCGGCAACAGCUCCGGGGGAUAUACCUUACCUAUCAAAGCUGCAAUUAAGUGACCGCAAUGCCGCAAAAGUAUCAACUAAAGGUGCUUAUUGA